UAGCGAUGUGAACACAAGUGGGGGAAAAGCGAACGACGACCGAAAUACGGAUUAAAACAAAAAUCAUAUAAAAUAUGUGGAUUUCAUAAAUAAAAUAAAAACGUAUAAAAUUGGUAAUGGCAAGGGUACAUUUCAUGUAGGAUCACACAGUAUAAUUCCGCGAUGGAAAAGUGUGCAAUUAUUUAAGGAACAAAAAAAAGAGUCGGUCUAGAUAUUGUGUGUGUGGAAACCUUAUCCCAAUGAAAUAAAAGCGAUGGAAAAAAAGGUGCAAAAAGCAUGAGACAGCAGAGACAUCAAAAGGAAAAAGAAUUGCAAUGAUCCAUUGUUGGCAAGCGAGAUAAGAGCCACUGGAAAACGUCUUUAAUCCGGGGAACUGUUGCUGUCGAAUUUGUUGCCUACGUUGUUUUCUCACAUGUAAAAUAGUUUCUGUAUCGACGAUGUCAUGAAAAUUUUGCAAAACGAAACUCCCAACGCAACAGCACCGAGUGACAACAUUACGGAAAAGGAAAAACUUCAGCAGCAUCUUCCAAUUGUAGUUGAGCAGAAACGUAAAGCCAAAACGCUGAAGAAUAAAAUAUUGCAAAAUGUUGCCGAACAACAGCAGCAAGAGCAAGAUGCACUCCAACAGCAGCAACAGCAACAGCCAAAUGUUGCAACAUCACUGGCGACAACAGUAAUAGCAAUGACAGAUCAACUGUCAGCAGCAAUAACAACAGCGACAAAUACACCAUCGGCAAUACAAGCCACAAAUAAUAACAACAACAAUAAUAAUAGUAGCAGCAGUGUAACGAAUGAUUUGGUUUCCAAGGAUCUUGUUUUUGCGGCAAAUUGCAACAACACCAACAGCAAUAAAAAUAAAAUCCAAACUAAUAACAACAACAGCAGCUCGCCUACCAGCAAUAGUGAUUUAAUUAUCGCUGAGGCCGCAAAGAUUCUAUUGAAAAAUGGUUUAAACGGUACAAAUGCUGCUGCAGCCGCCGCUGUUGCAACAGCCACUGCCACAUUAUUAACGGCAGCCGCUAAUUUUCAAAUACCACAACAACAACAACAGCAGCAUCUCUCUAAACCACAAUUAACAACGCCGGCUUCAGCCUUAUCAUCAUUAUCUUCAUCAACAUUGACGACGUCGUCGACAUCAUCUUCUUCCUCCUCUUCCACAUCAAAACCCACAUUAACGGAAUCAUCGUCGACCUUAGCCGCAAAUGCAAAAACGGCCGCUGCUGCUGCUCAUGCUCAAUUAGUGGCGAUUGCAGCAGCUGCUGUAAAUGCCACUAAUCAUAAACGUUUGGCCAAUACUUUAACAGCCCUCAAUAAUUCAGCAGCAUCGCAAUUCAAUAGCAAUAAUUCAUCAAACUCGGCCAAGUCUACGCAACAACAACAACUGAACAAUGGCUUAUUGGUGGGAGCAAUUUCAACGCCACCCCCGUCAUCUACAGUUCAAGCAGCAACAACAACUGCUCCUUCUCCAACAGCACAUUUUGCCAAGCCCUAUAAAUCUUCAAAGGGCAGUAACACAACCAGUACCCCACCAUCAAGCACUAGCAUGUCCACAGCGGCAUCCUCCAUAGACAUGGGUGUCAUUGAUUACACCAUAAAUUCAUCCAGCAGUCUAGCAUCGUCAACUCACCACACUUCGGCGACAUUGUCAUCGCCUCCAUCAUCAUCAUCAUCGACGCCGAUUAUAAAUUUGUCUGUCUCCGCUCAUACAACAAAUAGUCAUCCGAAAUUUGUCAAUAGUUCCCCCCAUCAUAUUCGUUCCGAUAUUGGCAGGCCUCCGAUAUCUACACUUUCGUCUACAAAUAAUCAUAAUCAAAAUAAUGCAGUUGGAUCUGGUGGCAUGGGUGGAUUUGGUGGACGAUUGCAAUUCUUUAAAGAUGGCAAGUUUAUAUUGGAGUUGGCCCGAUCAAAGGAUGGCGAAAAAGGUGGCUGGGUUUCAGUGCCGAGAAAAGUUUUUCGAACACCCUCAGCUGCCACAUCAUCGACUGUAACCCCAACGGCUACGGCUUCAACUUCAGCUGGAAUAAUACCCUCGCCAUUAACAGCAUCACCAGCAGCGGUGAUUAGUGGUGGGGGCAUUGGUGGCGGCGUAUCCUAUCCAAAGAAUGAAUGUUCCAAUUCGUUAAGUUUCUCGGAUGACAAUAGUUCCCUACAAUCGUCACCAUGGCAAAGAGAUCAUUGUUGGAAACAGGCGGCGCCACGAAAAAAUGUGUCAAAAGAAAUGGCGCUAUUUUAUCACAAACCCGUAUGUCGAAAACUUACAUCUUCGGCUCGUUUGCUGGCACAAAGAAAACGCAGAAAACCAUACGAUAUACAAACGCUGGAGAAUUGUUCUUUUUUAUUUGUGUUGCCCCAUAAGACACACGAGCAGAAAGAGCCGAACAUUGAGGUGGAAACAAAAGCUGAUGGUGAGGAUAAAAUUGUUGAAAAGAAACCCAAGGAAUUAGAUAAUAAUAAACAACGACUUUCCACUGGGGAAGAGAUAAAAACUGAGAUUGAUGAAACAACCAAAGGCGCCACCAACAAGGAUCAAUGUAAAGAAAAUAAAGAAGCCAAGAUUAGGCUAGAGCAGGCUGAGGAAUGUAAUGAUGUGGAAAUGAUAAAAGCUUCUCCUAUUAAGUAUGAGAGUAGAGAGGAUGACACGACGAAAAAAGCUAUCGAUCCCAAUGGGGAUGAGGUAGAAAAAAUGAAUACCAGUGAUUGUGAUGGGGUGGUGGAAACUUCAAAGAAAUCUGCAUCAUUGAAUGGUAAUGUCUCAAAUGAAGAUUUCCCACAACACGUUCCGGAAACAACAGACACAAUAAAAACAACAGCUACAGCAACAACAAAAACUGAAAAGGAAUGCAAAAAUCAAGGAGAUGAAGAAAAAAGACUUAUAAAGCCAGAAAAUAUUAAAACCAGAGCCAAGCUCACAUCUAUCGUACAAAAACUUAUGGAUGCCUCUGCAUCGCGUUUAGCAGCAACUGCUCAUUUAUUUAAGAAAUCCACACAACAUUCACCAUCAGCAUCUGCAACAGUACCAUUUAUACCAUCUACUUCGAUUCCAUUAUCAUCGGCAUCAGCUUCACUAUCUGGAGGAGCAGGAGGAGGGGGAGUGGGAGCUAAAAAUCAAAAUUCCAAAGCAUCGCCACCUUCAAAUACAGCAGCCUCACGUCUAGUCGAAUAUCACCAACAGCAUGUUUCACCGCGCAAACGUAUAUUGAGAGAAUUUGAAAAAGUAUCUUUGGAGGAUAAUGCCACAGCGGCUGGUGGUAAACGCAGCCGUGCCAAAGCAAAUCACAACAGUAACGUAAAUUCAACGACUAGUAGUACAACUCACUCGCAGACGUCUCAAGCUUCUUCAAUGAAUAAGAACAAUUCCUUAUCGACUGGAUGUAGUGCACAUGGGAGCAAUCAAUCAAGCAAGCCAUCGGCUGGAGUUGCUACUUCACAAGCCCCCACAAAACUUUACAGUUCGUAUAGCAUACAUUCACUUCUGGGAGGAGGCUCGUCUAGUUCCAGUUCUUCUGUUUCACCUUCGUCAGGUUCCAACAAAAAACCAUCUGAUGUGCCAGCUACAAUUACUAGCAAUUCAUUGGCAUUUAAUUCGUAUCAUCAAUCUUCAUCGAUUCAUAAUACCACCCACCAAUCUCCAAAGUCUCCAGACGGAAAUACAUCGUGUGGUGGAAAAUCCCCAUCGACUUCGGCUUCCAAAUUGAAAAGGUCUCCGCCUUACAGUUCACCAAUGCGGGAGGCGCACUCUAGGAGCCCUACAGUUAAUUCUGGUGUAAAUGCUGGAUUUGGAUACGACUAUGGUCGAAGGUCACCGCGACAUGUACCGGAAGCUUAUAAUAAAAUGAAAUACCCUGGAAUGAAUGAAAACACGGGAUCACCACACCACCAUCAACAGCAACAACAAUAUCACCAUGCACCACAAGGCUUUUAUUCACCAUACAUGACGUCACCCCAUUAUAUUCCUCCACCCACUUUGGCAAGUGCUCUCUCACCUUCAACAUCGUCAAGUGGGGCUCCAUCGUCGACAUCUUCAACUGCUACGAGUAGUUCACGUUCACCACGUCAUCAUUCCUCAGCAUUUCGAGCUACUACACCCACAUCCUCCACCAAUAUGGGUGGAAAUACCCCCAAUCAUAACAUUCCAUCGACACAGAGGGGAGAUUUAUCUCCACAAAGAUCAACGACAGCUUCACCACGUGAAACUACACCUCGAACUGUACCAAAAAAGACUGCUUCAAUACGACGGCAAUUUGCAUCGCCUACAUCUGCCAAUACAACAACGAACAACAGCAGUUGCCCCUCACCCACUAUGGAAAAUCAUCGUACUGAGGACAACGAUCGCAGGACACCAGUAUCACACCAACAGCAUAUUUUGCAACGUGCUUCGCCGGGCAGUGCAAAUAUGCAGAGUUCACCCUUGCACCCGUACUCUUAUAUGUAUGCCGCGGGAGCAAAUAGUCCACAUCAUCCCGCAUCUGCUGUUUCCCCAACAGCGAACAAUCCCUCUACAGCAGCCGCCGCCGCUGCUGCUGCAGCUUCUUACAUUCCAGCCGUCGUAGGUUCACCCUAUUAUCAUCCAUAUAUUUCAACGUUGGCGGCUAUGCGACAUCCACAAAUGUGGAUGCAACAUUAUCAAAGCGCUGCUGCUGCCGCUGCCAACCCUGCACUAUUACAAGCAUCUCGGCAUCCCGCAAUGCUAUCCGCAGCAGCUGUUGGAGCUGCUGCUGCUGCCGCAGCUCGUUUAUCGCCACCAUAUCAUGGAUAUCAGUAUAAUGGUGUGGGCAACGCUGCCGCCUUGGCAGCUGCUGCGGCCGCUGCCGCUGGUUUCGGUAGCGCUUCAGCAGCCACCCCUCCUCAUCAUCAUUCCAGUAGCACUAUACAACCGCCACCUGGAUCGAUGUUCAACGCAAUGGUUCAUGGAAUGACAUCAUCACAUCCAGCCGCUAUGCAUGCAGCUGCAGCAGCAGGUUUAGUCCCUGCAACAGGCACAGCGGCGGCGGCUGCUUUAGGAUCAGCGCAACCAAUGACUGAUACAACAACAGAUCUUUCCAAAGCAUCAAAGAACAAUUAUUCAACUAGCUCAUCAUCAUCAUUAGCGUCUUCGUCGCCAUUACAAGGUACAGGGAAUUCGGCAGUGUCGGCUUCAACUGCGACAACUCUAAAUUCCAUGUAUCAAACUAAUAAUAAAGAUGAACAAAGUUCAGAUGUACCCUUAAAUUUAUCAAAGCAUUGAAAACAAAAACCCCGAAAACCAACGUUUUCAUGGAGACGGUAAAAAAGAACUAUUAGGAAAACCUAUGUAAGUUUUUAAUUUUAUACAUUCAUUUCAAUUACACAAUUAGACGUGUUAAGAGCGAGAGAUUAAGUAGUUUAUUUAACAUUUGUUUAUUUAAAACGACUAAAUUAAAAAUAAUUUCACUAAAAAUGAUAAAUUCAUGCAUUUAGCUGCAAACUCAAAUAGUAACAUGCAUAAGAAACCCCAGAUAGAUAUGUUAACUUCAUUUUUUAUAUAAAACUUGUAAAUGUUUAAUAACUGUAUUAUUUAAAAAAAAAAAUAAAAUAAAGAUAGAUAUUUAUAUAUAACAAAAAGAAGGAGUACAUAUACCGACACACCCUAAUAUUUAGAACGAAACUAAUAAACAAACAAACCUAAUAACAAAAAAUUUUACUAUUAUAUUGUACACUGGCAAAAGAAUUUACAAAACUAAAUAAAAACAAAAAUAUAUAUUAAUAUAUAUUUUUAUAAGAUUAUAUACAUUAUACAAUGAAAAAGACUACAUUCAUAUAUUUUGCAUUGAGGUUUUGUUUUUCCCCCACUUUUUUUUUUUUUGAUAAAUUUCCUUGGUUUUAUUUCCGAAAAAAGUAUGAAUCUCAAAAAUAAAAUGAAAAACCAACAAAAACAAAUAGACUGAAUUUUAUAUGCGAAAAAGCAAGAUUUUUUUAUACCAACACACAUACACUGCAUUUUUAAAAAAAAAUCUGAAAUUACUAUGCUUUUUUAUUAUUGAAUAAAUGAAAACAAAAUCAAUUGUGCCUUUCUGUAAUGGAAACAAAUAAAACUUGAAAAAACUGAACUAUUUUUUGACCAAACUAAAAUAACAAACAAAACAAAAAUAUGAGUUUUCUCUUAGACGACGAUUUAAAAGUAAAAGCGAAAAAAAUGUUACUAAUCCAAAGCCACUAAAACACUGUUUUCCUUAAGGUACAAAACAAAGCAAACAAACAAAAAAAUCAUAAGAAAGGGAAAUAAAUAAAACAAAAUAAAUAUUUUAACAAAACAAAAAGUUUUACACACAAAAAUGAAGUAAAAGCUAUUGCUGAAAGCGCAGGCGCAUAAAUUAUACAUUUUGUUUUUUGUUUCUUUUUAAAACAACUCUGAAUCCCAAAAGAAAAACUAAAUUGACAUGGAAAAUACAAUGGUAGAGAAUAUAAAUUUGGAUUUUACCUUAUUCCAAUAGAAACAUU